AUGGGGGAACAAUGUAGCCUCGUCGGGACUGGUCACAUCGACAAGGGCGCCAUUCUCAGUGCCGCUGGCGACAGCGUCUGGGCUGCCUCGGCCGAUCUUCAGGUAAAGGCGACAACCCCAAGAGGCGGAGAAGCCGAGCACCUCAAGCCCGAGGAAAUGAAGGCCAUUUCCGCCAUUGUCGGCGGUGACAGCGCCGCCAAGGAUAAGGCCUUUGCCGAGGGUCUCUUUAUCGGCGGUGUCCGAUACGUCAUGGCCAGAGCCGAAGACAGAAGCAUCUACGCGCGAUCCGGACGCGAUGGUGUCGCCGUUGCCAAGACGAAGCAGGCCAUUGUUGUCGGCCACCACGGCGAGGCCCAGAUUGCCGGCAACGCCAGCUCGACCGUCGAGGGCCUCGCCGACUACCUCAUCGGCCAGGGCUACUAA